AUGGUUUUAUUGCAGCCUCUGACUUGUCUGUGCCUCCUGGUUCAGCUGCUUCUUCUCUCUGAGUUUGCAGCGGCAACGGGGCCCAACGCCUUCACCGUGGUUGUGCUAGACGACGAGGCGGCGGAGACUCUUCGCAAGGCACCGGAGGGCGCAUUCCUUCAAAUUUCCCCCUAUUUUGUACAGCUUUCUUCCAACUGGACUGUGGUGGAACGAAAUGUGAUGAACCGUAAGACACUGGAGGAGGAGGGAAACGGAGGACAGCUGUUGCACUGCCGCUUGCCCCUUCCACACACUGCAGCAACAGUGGAUUUACUUGAAAAAGACUAUGCGAAACGUCAUCAGGAGAAAAUGCGGAUGGCUGUCUGGAAGUGGCUGAAGGGUGCAACUCAAAGCGAUGGUUGCGUGUUUGGGGAUGGUGAGGGAACACUCACUGGAGUCUCUGAGUGGUACUUGUUUUGUCCACAGGGGUUAAUUCGAAAAGUGAACAGGACCGCUGUGGCGGCCCUCUACGGCGUCUCCCAGUCAGAACUGCCAGGGGUUGUUGAAAAACUGGUACAACGAUAUCGCAGCACGGGCGAAAAGAUGGGACGUGACCGCAGAUUUGACAAGUGGAGUUUUGUCAUUGGAGAGUACAACACGCGUCUCACAAAGCCGCGCUGGGGAGUGGAACGGCAGGCCUGGGAGCUCCUUUAUCCAACCGAUCGUGCCUGUGACCUAGGGCAAGCGAAUGCGUCGACUGCACGAGCUGCAAAACUAAAAUCAAGUGUGCAGGGAGGGGCACGUAGGGAUGUGUGGGAGACCAUAGUCCGUUUUUACUGUCACCCAGGGCCAAGAGGCAGCUCGUUGCGAGAGUGGACGAUUACGGAGGUGCGACAGUUGUGUUUGUAUGAAAUUGCCGUGUCGGCGUCGGUUGUAUGCGAGUGGGAGCAACGUAUAGAACGGCUGGGUGUGAAUCCCAUCCCAUGUGUGGUUGUUUGA